AUGACCGAAGUCCAGAGAAUUGCGGAUCGGAUAGUCUCUCCCGAUACGCCUCGAGACCCCAAUUUCACCAAGUUUGCCUUUUCAGACUUCGUUGCCAAAUCCUUUAGCUUCGCCCUUGCUUCCGAUGUGCCAGUCUGCAAGGCCUACCGUGAAGGCCAUUGUCCUCUCGGCCCGCUCUGCGCUGAACGACACCCGACUCCAUCUCGCAUAUCGACCUCUUCUUCUCCCGCUAUCGCCCCUUCAUCCACCCACGGAAGCCUGGUAUGCAAACAUUACCUCAAGGGACUGUGCAAGAAAGGGCUGAAAUGCGAAUACUUGCACGAAUAUAACCUACGUCGGAUGCCGGAAUGCCAGUCCUUCUCUCGUAACGGAUUCUGCCCCAACGGGGACGACUGUCUGUACCAGCAUCUCUCUGGAGACGCAAAGUUGCCGCAGUGCGAACACUAUGACCAAGGGUUCUGUCCGCUGGGCCCUAUCUGUGCCAAACGACACGUGAGGAGGAAGCUGUGUCGGUUUUAUCUUGCCGGGUUCUGCCCUGCUGGAAAGACGUGCACUGAGGGUGCUCACCCACGCUGGUCGGAGAACUUACCCAAACCGACAGUCAGGGUGGAAAAGACGCAGGAGGAGAUUGAGAUCGAACGAGCAAGGAUCAGAGAGGAACAGGAGCGCGAGGAAGAGCGGGAGCGCGAAUGGAGGAGAGAGAACCGUGGUCGAGAUGGCAGAUAUCCCCGAGGACGGUAUCGGGGGAAGAGAUGA